AUGGAUUUGAUUUUGAAGGUUCUUGCAGUUGUAGAAUUAGUAUUGGUGAUAGUCCACCCUGGUGCUCAUGCAUUGAGCAGAGAUGAGUUCCCUUCUGACUUCGUGUUUGGUGCAUCAACUUCAGCUUAUCAGGUUGAAGGGGCAGCAAAUGAAGAUGGAAGGAAGCCAAGCAUAUGGGACACCUUCUCCCAUUCUGGAAAUGGGAAUAUGUAUGCAGGUGAUGGAGAUGUUGCAUGUGACCAAUAUCACAAAUAUAAGGAAGAUGUUCAGCUCAUGGCCAACAUGGGUUUAGAAGCCUACAGAUUUUCCAUAUCAUGGUCAAGGCUUAUUCCAGGAAUCGAAGCACAUGUUACAUUAAACCAUUGGGACCUACCACAAGCAUUUGAGGAUGAAUAUGGAGGAUGGGUUAGUCGGAGAGUUGUGAAAGACUUCACAGAAUAUGCAGAUGUGUGCUUUAGAGAAUUUGGAAACAGAGUUAGGUAUUGGACUACAGUGAAUGAGGCCAAUAUUCAUGCAGUAUUUGGCUAUGACGUAGGGUACUUACCACCUCAGAGGUGUACUCCUUCUCCCAUGGCUAACUGUUCCAGAGGAAAUUCCUCAACUGAGCCUUAUUUGGUUGCCCAUCAUAUGUUGUUAGCACAUGCUUCAGCUGCUAGGGUAUAUAGAAAGAAAUAUCAGGGCUUGCAGCGUGGCUUAAUUGGGUUUAAUCUCCUUAUUUUUGGUCUUCUUCCACGAACAAAUUCUACUGAAGAUCUAAGUGCCACUCAAAGGGUUCAAGACUUCUUCGUUGGGUGGUUUAUGAAUCCCUUUACUUUUGGAGAUUACCCUGAUAUAAUGAAGAAGAGUGCUGGUCCAAGGCUUCCUUCCUUCACCCAAAAGGAAUCUAAUCUGGCCAGAGGCUCAAUCGACUUCUUAGGAAUAAACUUUUACUACUCAGUUUAUGCCAGGAACAGUCCCAGCAGCCUGCUAAAGGACAACAGAGAUUUCAUGGCAGAUUUAUCGGUGGAAAUGGAAAGAUUUCUUCCAAACGGUACAGCUACCUAUGAGGUUCCAAUUACUCCCAAACUUUUCAUAGGGAUGUUAGACUCACUAAGGAAUGCAUAUGGCAAUAUUCCAAUCUACAUACACGAAAAUGGCCAACAAACACCUCAUAAUUCAUCAUUAGACGACUGGCCAAGGGUGGAUUACUUGCAUGCAUACAUUGGAAGCAUGGCUGAUGCACUCAGGAAUGGAUUAAAUGUGAAAGGUUAUUUUGUGUGGUCCUUCUUGGAUGCAUUCGAGUUAUUGACUGGAUAUGAAACAAGUUAUGGCCUAUAUCACGUAGAUGUGAAUGAUCCAAACUUAAGGAGACAACCUAAGCUCUCAGCUGAAUGGUACUCCAAUUUUCUGAAUGGGAAGCCUAUGGACCCAAAGAUCGCCAUGAAAAUUCAGAACAAUGCAAGUGUGCUUUCACACAAUCCCUCACUGAAAAGUGCUACGCAGAGCGAAUGA